AUGUAUCAGAUGAUGGAGUGGACAAUGCUUGAAGCAUCACUAUUGUCCAACAACGGUAACAGCCCUGAGGUCUCAUCUGUUGGAUCCUCCAUCACUACUUAUCACAAACGAUGUAUAAAAAAUCAAAAUUUUAUCCAUCUCAAAGAACACUUGUUGGGUGCUGAGGAACCGGUUAGCACUACACAAGCAAAUCGGCUCACACGAGGCCUGUCGAUGCAGCCCCUACCGCCUUCCCACAGCUCCCCCUCUGAAGGAGUGCAACUCCCUGUUCUCGGUUUCCCUAUGCCAGAUCAUGAAAGCAAGGAUAUCGUACUCACCACGGUAAUGGUGCCAAUGCCACAACCCACCACCAAUCCCCUCAAUUAUCCACAUUUAAUCUUUAAUUAUUACAAAUCUCAACAACAAUUGAUAUUGAACAAUAAUCACACGCAUCAGCCCCAACCACUCGCUUCUAAAUGGUUGGGAGGCACUAUACCCAUCAUGGCUGAAUCUCCGGUAGCGUGUGAUCCCAUAAACAGGACGUUGUCGAGCGAAAGAACGUGUUUGGAUACAGAAUCCAUUCAUGCCACAAUGCGCAAUAACUAUGACAGUCAAGAAAGCCCCCACUUAUGCCACUCUCCAACGGAAAACUCGAUUUCCAACAUCUCCACAAUCAAUAUUGGAUCCCUUUGGAAUCUCAGUGAUAGUUCGAGCCACCUGCUGAGCCACACCACUUUCUACCGAGCUACCGAGAUGCUAGCCCGAUCGAGUGCCUCUCCAUCCCCGUCGAUAGUCAACACUCAACCACCAUCUCCUUAUGGACGAUAUGAUGUCAACACCAUCGAACAUUACACCCACCCAAACCGUACCAAUGAGCCAUCACGUUCACUCUCCAGGACGCGGUAUUCCGCCUGUUCUUCUCAACCAUCCCAACUAGAGGGGGGUGGGUGGGUGGAGUACUCCCAUCGAUGCUCGCGAGAAGGUCCCAGGGCCCAGGGGGGGAUGGUUUUCCCUCCCGACUCCACACGUCCAAAAAGGGAUGUGCUGAUGGGGAAUGGGUUCCUGCCGGAUUCCCCACGCGGGGCCGAUGGGGAAAGUCCAUCCCCGUCUUGCUUGCGGUCCUCUUGGUGGGGUCGUAGGGGGUUGGAGUGGGCGCCGCGUGGGAGGCCCCUGUCCUUGAGCCCUAGCCGUCCUCAGUCUUAUAGCCGGACGCCGUCACGGGGCCGACCUCCACGGACGGGCCGCUGUAACAGCCAUUGGGACUCGUUCCUGAGUCGGUUUCAGUGCACUCCGCGGGCUUUGGGAAGUCCCUGGAGAAAUGAACAAGGGGUGUGCCACGUGCGAGAGGGCGGUUCUGAGGACCCAAGUCACUGCACUGUGAGAACAGAGGCCUCGUUACCGGUUGCGAAUUGUCCUCCAUUGAUCAUGAAUGGCAUGUUUUUUUAUGAUGAAAUGACAAAGCUGUCGUUAGUUUUGUCGCCUACAUUAAUUAAUUCAACUUCAAUGCGGACGGUAGUCGCCAUGGCGGAUGAUUAUGCGGUCGGGCCGAAACAACAAAGUGAGUUGCCUUCCCCCGUGGAUUUGGAGCUGGACUUUAGCGGUAGGAGGAUAGAGAAUGGUGACCAUAAGGAAGGCGAUAAGUGUCGGGACCUAGUGCUGGGAGUCUAUCAGCCUUCAUAUGAUUGUCACGUAGAAAUCAUUCACAAUAAAGAUCACCAAGGGACGGUAUGCGGUACCGUAAUUGCUCCUAAUCCACCGAACCACACCACUCAUAUUGGCGUUUCUUUGGGUCAUCAAGUACACAAAGACAAGGUGGUGACUGUAGUGUGUAAUAGAGAACGAAAAGAAAUCGAUGAGGUAGAUACAAAGGGUGAAAUGACCUAUGACCAUGGUGUGAAUACUCUUUUCGAAGGGUUUCAGUCGCCACGACAACCGAUAUUACUGCGAAGCAGCGGGGAUGGUGAAGUGCGAACUGACUGUAUGCCAUCACCACCCAAGCCGUCAUCAUAUCACAUUUCUAAUUACUUAGAUCAUAAUGUGGAAAAGCGUAGUAACAGUUGUGAGUACAAAAAAACAACAUCUGGUAUCAACUUGGAGGAACCCAGCAAUCCUUUUUUAUCAUUGUACAGUGAGCACGUGUGGGGUCGCCGGUGGCAUCAAAUGGAGAAGUAUCAGAGUCAAUUAGAAACGAUGAAUGAAUAUUUAUCACCUUCAGGGUCACUUCACCUUUUUCAUAAAGUCUCGCGUUUCACCGGAUCGAAUGACAUUAUGACAGCCACACGAUCAAUAUCAGACGCGGCAAAGAAACGAUCGUUAUCGAGGACACCGUUGCCAUCCCCUAGAGAUUUUAUUACCCCAAACUCAAUGUUGAUCACGUUUCCAUCCGUUAACAAAGAUGAAACGGUGGAGGCGGGUGAAAAAAAUAGGUCCUCCUCUUUUUUAUUUUCUUCCGCAUCGAGUGAACGUAUUGACGAUUUGGUUCUUAUUAAACCACACCACGUUUCCAUUCGCUAUAAUUCUUUCUUUGUGGAAAAUAAGAUGCUCAGGGCUAGCGGCAGCGUUAGUAGGCAGCGACUGUCAUGGGCCCCAUGGAAACAUAAUCACUGUGUGGUUAAUUCCCUAUGUCGACCUCAUCAAAGCAAUGGUGAGAGGUCUUCUGCUCCCUCAUCACACACACCUUUUGCGCAGCAGCUUUUUGAAGAUAUCAGUGAUUGCCAUUCACGGGCAUCUUCCGCGAGGUGUUGGUCUACCUCGAGGUACGCGUUAGACAUUUCAACUAGGGCCGAUAGCACUGUGGAGAGUGGAGAGUGA